ACGUAGCCUGGCACGCUAUCAAGACGGGCGGCUGUGAGUCUAACAGCUGUCUAGCGACUAGUUCGGGAAUAUGAACCUACAGGAGGACUGCAUGAUCUUCAGACACUUCAGGAGUCAUCGGCUAGAAACAAGGGCGGUCGCAUGACCCAGGCCUUGCUCACUCCACCAAUGCUGUUCAAGACGGGAACAACUGACUGAAGUCACUGCUGCCCCUUGUACUUUCCAGUCCUGCCUGGUCCCAGAAUGUCAUCUGCUAGAGCCCCACUUUCUGUGGAAUGGCUGCACUCCUAUCAUUCACCACAGGCUUCAUGAGCUAAUCAGCUGUGCUCUACCAUGCCUUUAUGCCAUGAUGUUUCUGCCAUGGAUCCAAGUGACAAUGGACUGAUCCAUCUAAAACUAUAUGGAUCAAUUCAUAAACAACUUGGAGGUCCAAUUUAAUGCAGAAAGUUGCUCAAUGCAGCCUUUCAAACAGGUCACUAGCACAAUUCAUACCAGAGAUACCCCUGAGCCAAGAGACAGAAGUAAUAUCACAUCUCCACCACUCCUGGAUGACAGCCCUAUGGAGAACCCAGCACUAUUUAAUGACAUCAAGAUUGAGCCCCCAGAAGAACUUCUGGAUAAUGAUUUCAACCUGCCCCAAGUGGAACCAGUUGACCUCUCGUUUCACAAGCCUAAAGCUCCUCUCCAGCCUGCUAGCAUGCUUCAAGCUCCCAUAUGUCCUUCCAAACCACAGUCUUCUCCUCAGGCCCCUGGGAUAUCUACUUCAACAUCUGACAUGAGCACUCCAGCUAAUAUUCCUACUGUUCUUGCUGCAAGCUCUAUCUUGCCCACAUCUCAGGGAACCGGUGGCCAGCACAUCUUGCAUGUGAUACACACUAUCCCCUCAGUCAGUCUGCCAAAUAAGAUAGGUGGACUGAAGGCCAUCCCAGUUGUAGUACAGUCUUUACCCAUGGUUUAUACCAGUUUGCCUGCAGAUGGAAGCCCUGCAGCCAUUACAGUUCCACUUAUUGGAGGAGAUGGCAAAAAUGCUGGAUCAGUGAAAGUUGACCCCACCUCCAUGUCUCCACUGGACAUUCCAAGUGACAGUGAGGAGAGUUUAAUAGAAAGUGGAUCUUCAACCUUACAGAGUCUACAAGGACUGCAGCAAGAAUCAAGAAUAGUGGCCCAAAUGCAUGGAGAAGAAUCACUUGAUUUGAAGAAAAGACGGAUUCACCAAUGUGACUUUGCAGGAUGCAACAAAGUAUACACCAAAAGCUCUCACCUGAAAGCUCACCGUAGAGUCCAUACAGGAGAGAAACCUUAUAAAUGCACCUGGGAUGGCUGCUCCUGGAAAUUUGCUCGCUCAGAUGAGCUCACACGCCAUUUCCGUAAGCACACAGGCAUCAAACCCUUCAGGUGCACAGACUGCAACCGCAGCUUUUCUCGAUCUGACCACCUGUCUCUGCACCGCCGACGCCAUGACACCAUGUAAGCACCACAGGUCACUCCAGAGGAGCUGUACUGGUUUAUUUCCCGUGUAUACACAACCCUAUUUUGCUUUUUGACUUGGACUUGCCUCUGCAAUGGGGUUGGAGCAGCCUACUGAGCCAGAUUGAGGUGACUGGAGAAAAGAUAGCUGGCUUUCCAUGGGACCCUUUAUAAUCCAUCUUCACCUCCACUCUAUCUAGACUUAACUUUUUUCAGCCUCUGCCUGGGUUGAAUUCUAGUGUGGCACCCAUGGCUGCCCCAACCCCAAUCUCCCCUCCUCUGAAAUAGACAUUCUUCCUACAAUAACAAAAUAGAAAUCAAACUCAAAGCUGUGAACAAAUAUCUGCUGCUUCAUUUUCCCUUUAUUUUACCCAUUUUUAUGAUUGUUUAAUAUGAUUGUUUCAAUUCUGGGAUGGACAAAGGAUAAAUAUGUAGUUGAUAGGUAUACUACACUAGUUAGAGAGAUUUGCAACCUACUGAUAGGGAACAUUCUCAGCCUUAUACCAAACUUCAAAAGUUUUAUAAAUUCAACCUUAUUUCUACUUAUGGUUGGUUUUCAGGCAGUGUUGGUGCUUCUUUUUAAACCCAUCAAAGGGAAUAAAGAAAUUUUAUCUUUUUCUUCAUCUUCCACGUGCUUUGAGAGUAAAGAUUUUGUGAAACAGUUACAUUCUUUGUUAGGUUACAUUUGGGCAAAUGUUCAAAGUAUAUCAAGACAGUUGUAAAAUAGACAAGGGUUUGAAAUAAAUAUGCCAAUCAGUGACAAGAACAAGUAGACUUAGAAUGAACCUGAUGGCUAAUAAGAGGUGAGUUUCAUUUAAAAAGGAUAGCAACAGUGAUAUUAAUCACAAAUCUCGUUCAAAUGGCAGCCUUUUGAGGUCUCUUGUGGGAUGGCUUCUUACUGUUUAUCCCUUUGUUUACAUAAACAAAUUUGGUCUGGUAUAUAAUGAAGAAUCACACAGAGGCCAUGCCAUAUAGAGGUGAGAAGUUGGAAGAAAGGAAUUGUGUUCACUGCAUGACAUUCUUGGCACUUAUUCCUGUGUUUUAUAAAGAAUAUAAGAAACUUUUGGUAAAAAUUAACUUUAAAAAGGCAGUUUGAAGUUUUAUAACUGUAAUGAACACCUAAGCCAUUUCUUUUAGCCAUUACAGCAGAUUGCAUAAUACACACAUUUGGUUGUCCAGUCAGACUGUUUCAUAAUGUCCUUUGGGCUAUACAUCCUAUUUCUAUCCCUGAAUCGCAGAUCUACUUCCAUGAGAUGUAUUUCCCCUUCCAGGAUAAAGUGAGUGGGGCACUGUAAAAAUUGAAGUCAAUUCAGCCUGUCUCCUAAAGAUUAUCUUCUUAUUGAACCCUUUUUCCUUGGCAGAUACUUAUCGAAUCCCUGCCUGAAUGUUUUAGGUUACUACCUCUUAAGAUGUCCAUACUAAUUAAACCAUAGAAUUCUAGCACCCAAAAGGGAUUUUAUAAUGUUUAUUCCUACCCAUCUCUCAUAUUUAAGAGAGGUGAUAAAUAUGGGUCAAGUUCUGCAAACGUUUUCUUGAGGCCUUAUAAACCUGCACACCCAUUCCCCUAGAGAUGACACAAUUAAAACAAGCAAAAAGAAAAUUUUACGUGAUUGGACAUAAUAUUUAUCCAAUUUUAUGUUAUCUUUCAAAACUUUUACUACAAAAAACCAUUCACAGUUGAAAAAAUGUCUUUGUACUUAUUGCCAUAUAACAUUAGACACACAGAUUUUUAAUUCUAAAACUUUUGUAAUACCUAGAUUUUUAUUUACCUCAUUUCAAUUUGUAAUGUCUUUCCAGACCAUAAACCCUCUAUAAAUAUAAGGACUACUUACAGUUUUGAAAUAACAUGUAGGAUUUUACUAUUAUCAUUAUUAUUUUGUCAUGGGCCUUUUCUUACUUUUAGAUAUACAAGUCCAAGCUAUGAACUAAUUACUGAAUCAGUAGGGAAUACUUAGGGCUUAAAUGCUGUUUAGAACCUCUGAGUAGCUAUGAAAUCAUUUGGAAAAGGUGGAUUCCCAUCUUACAUACAUUCAAGCUUUACAAUUGUGUAGCUUGUACAGUAUUUCAAAGUAGAGCUCAAAGGUUUAACCUUUUCCUCCAUGGUUUGGAUACUGAUUCCUUUUCUAGAUCUCAUAACUGAUCUCUGACCCUAAAAUCUCAAGACAUUUGCAUUGGGUGUAUGUUCUAUUUAUAAGUAAUUAAGAUGAUUAAAUAAGUAUCCAAAAUAUUGGUGUCCCUGACAAAUAUGCAGGGUAAGAUUUAUUUAAAUUUUUUCUGCAAAAUAGUAAGGGACUGUUAGUAAUUCGCUUUAGUCAAGAAGCAAUUCUAACUCUAUUUUUAUUGUUACCUUUUCCUACCCACUGACAAAACAAAAACUUUUGAAUGAUUUAAUUUACUUUAAGGAAUGUGUUAGAAUUCUAUAAAGGUAUUUCAUAAGGUAUAUAAAUUCAAAUACAGUGUUAUUGAAGAGUUACAGCACCAAAAGCAUGUAAAAAUUUUAGUAAGUAGAUGGUGAGAUACUAAAAAGUAUCUCACUUCAGAAACAUUUUGGAUUUCAUUGAAUUUGGUGUAUUUAUAUCAACAAAGCACAGUUAGCAUGACAGUUGCCUAGGACAUAGCAAUGGCCUUAAUAUUAAUAAGGUUGUAUAAUAUCCUGGGAUUUGUUGCAGUGGAAUUUCUCCAUCUGUGGAUUAUUGGAAGUUGAACAUAACUAUUUUAUAAUUGUGAUUGUAAAGUUUAAGAAAAAUUACAUGAAAUGUGAACUUGUAGGGUAGAUUAGUGGAGUGUUUUGUGGUUAAAAUAUAAAUAUUGGCGACAUGAAAAUAUUUUAAAAUAAACUUUACAUUUUGAAACACUUUCAGGUUUACAGAAAAAUUGUGAAGAUAGUACAAAUAAUUCCCCUAUACCUUGCAUCUAGUUUCAUGUGUUAUUAACUUUGAACACUAUUAUUGUACAUCUGUUACAAUUAAUGAAAUAAUAUUGAUGUAUUAAUAUUAAUUGAAGUUCAUACUUUAUCCAGAUUGAUUUCAUUUUUAUCCAAUAUCCUUUUUCUCUUUUAUUAUACUUCCAGUAUUCAAGAUACUACAUUACAUUUAGUAAUCAAAUUUUUGUAGGGUCCUUUUGGUUAUGAGAGUUUUUCAGAUUUACUUUGUUUUCAAUUGCCCUGGAAGUAUUGAACAGUAAGUUUUUCAGUUUGGAUUUAUCUAGUUUUUUUUACCAUGAAGAAACUGGGCUCUGUGGAAGAAGAUCACAGGAUAAAGUGCUAGAUUUUUAUGAUAUUUACAUAAUAUCAUUCUUGUUAAGCUUGAGCACUUAGCAAAGAUAGCAUUUAUCAUCUUUUUCAUAUGUACUCUUUAUCUCCCUUUCAUACUUUUUUCAAAAGAAGUCACUAUAUACAAUCCACAUUUGAAGUGUUAAUGAUGUAUUCACCAUAUUCUUGAUUUCAAAUAUCUCUAUAAGCUAUUUGGAAUUAUUCUAAAUGGGAGAGUUGUCUCUUGUUCAUUUAUUUAUUUAUAAAAUUGUUUAUUUAUAUUCAGAUGGAUUCAUGUAUAUUUAUUUGUAGGUUGCAAUUCUAUACUACUUUAAUUAUUUUGCUGACCAAGUUGUUUUUUGCUUUGCUCAUAGGGAACUCUUUUAUGUUGACUCUCAAGUCUUUUUGACAUACCAUCCUUAUUUAUUAGGUUAUCCUUAUAUUCUAGGACUCCAAGCUGUUAUGGGAUCAUUUUUCAUCCCUACACUAAAUCCUUUUAAAAGGAGUCCUGCUUACAUUUACUGGCAAAUGUUACUAGAAACCAAUAUCUGGGCAUCAGGUAGGCUUGUUGUUGCUGAGAUACUGUUGUUUGAAGAUCUUCUCAGCUGACGAGACAAGGAAAUAUAUGUUUGUGCACUAACUUAUGUGAUCAUUCAUAUAGUUUAGAUGUAUGGGAGUGCAUAUUGGUGUCUUCAACUCGAAUCCACAUGAAUCAGUCUACCUUGUUUCAUAUAUACAUAUAUAUAUAUAUAUAUAUAUAUAUAUAUAUAUAUAUAUAUAUGUCUCCUCUGAUUCCAGUGGUGAGAAGUAUGGGUCCCACUUGUUGCCAUCUAUUUGAGUACCAAUAUCUGAUUUGUCAAUAUGUACACUCAUGGUAAACAACUUUACAAAACAGAACCCAGUAUUUAUGCAUAUGACCGUAAUAGUUUGAGAAUUCCGAAAGGUCUGUUUCAAGAAACAGAGUAUCAGCAAAAUUCUAGAAUCAGAUUUCUGUGAUCUUGACACCAAAAAUUUGGCAUCUAUCUUGUCCUAAAAAGAUUUUUCAUUGCCAGAUUAUUAGAAAUUUGCUAACCUUGAAUAAACCAGGGAAAUGCAUUAUUUCAUAAUGUGCUAAUUACCGGAUUAGAUACUAGGGGAGAAUUAACACAAAAGAAACUAAGUGAGCCCAACUUAAAGAAAUCUUGGCACUACCUGUUUUCCUACUGAAUAUAGCUUUUGACAACAGGAGUGUUUUCCUGAGUUACCUCUUUUCCAUAUUUUUCUCAGUCCUCUAGUAGAAUUUAGUUGAAUCAUAUCAGUUCUUUGUGUCUCGAUUAACCCAACUAAAAAUGGGGCUCCAAAUAUUUACCGAACAAGAAUAUUUUGAGUGGCAAAAAUGAUGAAAGACACUUAAAUGAACAACAAUAAAUUAUAAUCUUUAUUAUCCUGGUAAUUAUAUACUUAUCCCAUGAGCAGUAGGGAAUUAGGCCUCCCAGGUAAUAAGGGCUAAAUUUGAAUCAGCAACAAAGGUAGUUGAAGUCAAGACUGGUGGCACCGGUAGUAAACCUAGAACCCUGAAAUAGUGAGCCCAGCCAGGGCAAGUUGACAAGAUUCCAUCCCAAAACAAGAAAAAAAAAAAUUAAAAUUGAUCUGGGAAUGCAGUGACAAUACUGCAUUCAAUGCCCAGUACUUAAAAAGAUAAAAAGUAAAAGAAAUGCCACUGAAAUCUUUCUUAUUUUCACCUUUCUUACAUUCUCUUUGUUAUUAACUACUGAGUUGUCAUAUUUUCCUCAUUUUCAAUACCUAAAGGUACAGCUGUACAAAUCCAUUGUCUUAAAACUGUUUCUCCCUUUUAUCUCACUAGCUGUACCACAUUAUGUCUCAUCUUGUCAGAAGCACCAAGGCAGUUUCUCAAAGUCCUUCUGCCUUCAGCAUGUUGAUAUUCAUAUUUUCUCAUUCUCCACUUACUAUACGAAGGAAGUGGGGUAAAGUGUGUUUGAGAUUGGACUCUGCUGGAAGAGGAUAGAAUGUGUAACACUGGCAGGAUAUUUCUUCAUUUUUCAAACACUGCUUUCAAAUUCUGUUCGUUUUUCUCAUGAGUUGAGGGCAGGUGAAGAGAUAAUAUUUUGUUAACUUUUAAGCGUCCAAUUUACUGAUAUUUCCUAGAGUUAGUAAAAAUUACCAAAUUAAUGGAAAUUACCGUAUUCCUAUGUUGUAUUGAGUGGUGUUUUCAUUGUAUAAAAUGAAAUAAAAAAGGAAAAGAGAAUUCCUAGUGCUAUGACCUUUUUGUUUUGUUUAUUUAUUCAUUUAUUUUUACAAGAGUUUACAGCAAGAGAGCUGUGCCAGAAUCUGACUUGCUAUUUCUUGUUUUGGGGAAAGCUUGCAAUAAAAGAACUGAUUUAUUUUAUCAUUAUUAACUUAAGCAUAAAACAGUAUAGUAAACUUUAGUCUACUUGAUUCUUAUAUUUAUGCCUCAUUGUUUUAAUGCCUUAAAGUGCCACCCAGUAUUUCCUGUAUUUUAUAAUAAUUCCUGCUCCAGAGGCAUGGUUUUAAGCAGUCUCAUGUAAAUGUCUGGCUUCCACCUGAAAAGCUUCAAGAAUUGCUUCAGUUAGCAUGGCCACUUAGAGUUUACUCUGUCCUAGCUGAAAGGAACUCUCCCCAUGUGGCAUCCAGGCAGAAUGUGUGCUAAGGUACUAAGAUAUUUGUUUAGUAUGAUUAUUGUGCUUUUUUAUUAAUAAAAUGUUUUUAACUUCUCCAAAUUGUGUUUCAACAUAGUACUAGUUAAUAAUCUUUCUCUUUAGCUGGGUAAAGUUGUGAUGAAAUUACUGCAUAAUGUUAUGGGGCAAUCAAAGAAAUCGGGCUGUCAUAAACAAUAAUUUCUCUGUUUAAACAUGUUGGGAAUUUUCAGUUCUUGGUAAUAUAUUCAUCCAAUCUGUGAAUGAGGCUCAUGAAGACUGUAUGCUCCAUAUGCAUAUUUCUAUAAAUGAUUCCAAAGAAUUUUGUGGCAUAUAGUCUCAGUUGGCUAGGCUUCUCGACAAAGGCCUCUGUUCCUCACUUUAUUUAUAGUCUUGUUCUCAAGAAGUGAGGAGAAAGGAGGGUAUGGUGACAGCUUUAAUUAUCAAGGACAUUCCAAUAAAAAUAACAACUCUGA